UCAAGGAGCCGUGUGCGGCGGAGCUGGACUUUCAGUGCAGAGCGUCGAGUUCUGAAACACGGCGAGGGGGAAAGAUUACACGCCGAAAGAAAUGUUUUACUGAAGGUUUGCAAAUGUUCUCAACACCGCGUCGCGGAUUUACAGAGGACGGCAGCCAAGAUGUUUGGAAACGAAAAACUUUGUGGAUUAUUUUUUAUUUGCUCCGCACUUUCCCCGCUUCUGUUCGGUGAGAAACUGGGUGAUGGCUGUGGGCAUUCGGUCCUGGGCCCAGAGAGUGGUGUUCUGACCUCCAAGAACUACCCAGCCACCUAUCCCAACAACACCUGGUGCCAGGUGAAGCUCCGGGUGGCAGAAGGCAGCAGCAUUGUCCUCAAGUUCGGCGACCUGGACAUCGAGGCGCAGAAGUGCGAGUCCGACUAUGUUAGAAUCCUGAAAGGGACCUUUGGAAACGAGCAUGUGUACGGGCCCUUCUGUGGAAACAUGAAGAACCUUCCCAGAGAGGUGCACACCGAGUCCAGCGAGGUGACCGUGCAGUUUCGCAGCGGACUGCACGUAUCCGGGCGGGGUUUUCUGCUGUCCUACGCCGCCAGGGAGCACAAAGAUCUGCUCACAUGCUUGGACAGGGGCAGCCAUUUCUCAGCUGCAAAGUACAGGAAGUACUGUCCGGCGGGGUGCAGAGCGGUGGCCGGUGAAGUAUCCGGGGACGUCACACAGGGGUACAGACAUACCUCGGUGCUGUGCAAGGCGGCCGUCCACGCCGGGGCCAUCCGGGACGAGGUGGGCGGGGUGAUAUCCGUGGAGGAGCACAAAGGCCUCAGCCGCUACUCUGGCACCAGAGCCAACGGGAUCCAGUCCAAAGCCGGCUCUUUGUCCAGCACUCUCUUCACAUUCGUCACCAAUGACUGCAAGCGGCAGGAGGCUCUCCAUCCCGCGUCCGUGAGCGCCAGCUCCUGGUGGCGCAGGGGCGGCGAGGCGGAACGCCGGCCCGACUGGUCCCCCAACGGCACCCACCCGGACGGCGGGGGGUGCACCUGGGCGGCCGACCACGGCAACGAGAGCCAGUGGCUUCAGCUGGAUCUGGGGGAGAAGAAGAAGAUCACAGGGAUCAUAAUUACUGCCUGCUCCCUGGUGGACUAUGACUACUAUGUUCAGAGUUUCAAGGUCCAGUACAAAGAGAGAAGCUGGAGGACAUAUACACAGAGCAACAGCUCGGAGGACACGGUGUUUGAGGGGAACCUGGAUGGCCUGCACUCAUCCCGGAGCUCGUUCCAGCCCCCCAUCGUGGCGCGGUUCCUCCGCAUCGUCCCCCGGACCUGGCAUCUGAGGGCCGCCAUGAGGGUGGAGCUUCUGGGCUGCCCGCAUGUCAAAGGAAACGUGUCCGCACAAAUCACCCAGGAGGCCGUGCGGCCCCAAUCCAACCCCCCCGAAGGCGACGAGGAGAUAACCCAGCCCGUGCCCUCUCAGACGGACCUAGUGAAGCUGGCCAUCAUCGUCGUCCCCACCGUGCUGUCUGUGGUGCUGCUGCUGAUCUGUGUCUGCGCUUUCGUAGCGCUGCAGAAGAAGAAGACAAAAGAGACACCGUACGGGUCCUCAGACGCGCAGGAAACAGGUUGCUGGAAGCAGAUAAAGCAGCCUUUUGCUCGGCACCAGUCCACAGAGUUCACCAUCAGCUACAGCUCAGAGAAAGAGCCCAUACAGAAGCUGGACCUGGUCACCAGCUCCAUGGCAGAGUACCAGCAGCCUCUGAUGAUCGGAAUGGGGACGGUGGCCAGGAAGGGCUCCACGUUCCGGCCGAUGGACACAGAGGCCAAGGAUGAGCCCGGCGAAAACGCCACACACUACGACUACCUGCACUCGGCCAACCAGUACGCCCUGCCUCUGACCAAUCAGGAGCCAGAGUACGCCACGCCCAUCAUCGAGCGCCACACCUUCCGGAAGGACGGCUUCCUGCCGGAUCCCAGCUACAGCGUGCCGGGCGUGGUCCUCAGCAAGACCCCCUCCUUUAAGACGGCGGACUGCAGGAAGGCGGGGGGCUUCUCCGGGGGGUACCAGACCCCCCAGGUCAAAACGGACAGGCCGAGCAACUCGGAGGGGGUGUACGACUGCCCCAAAGUGAGCGUGCCCCUGGCCCAGAACGGAACCUGUGCGGACUACCAGAGGCCCCAAGUCAAGCCCUCUGUGAUGGAGAGCUACUCCAUCCCGCGGGACAGUGUGAGAGCGGGGGACCACAGCAGCGGGACCUCAGGCAGAACCUGACUGCGUGCAGAUGUGACUUUCGUCUGUUUUAUUGGUUUAACAGUCCCAAGUGAACACUCCAGACUCUUUCUGCAGUAAAUUAUUACUGUUUGUGGGGCUGUGAUUUUGACGCUGUGAGGAGCUGUGUUUGUUUGUUCGCCGUGUGGCAUGGUGCUUCUCCACCCAGAAGGCCUGCUGCCUAACCGUGUUUCAGAUGGUGCAGGUGGUGUUUAUCGUACAUUUUUCACAUUUGUCUGGACAUGUCGAUCUCGCUGUCAUGUAGACAUUUGAGGGGGUCUACGUUCCUGAAGGCGUGACGUUAAUGCUUUGAUGGAGGUGGUUGAAGAUGCUUUUUUUUUUUUUAAAAAAGAUGUGCUUUAAGCAUGCCGCUUGGAAACUCCUAACCUCUCCGAAAAAAACUGUGACCCGUGAUUAUGUGUGAGGUAAUUGGCUCAGUGAUCUGAGGGCAGGUCAGGGCAACAUGAGGUGCAGACUCGAGGUUGAUUAACUUCGACGGUCCUUACUGGAAUUGAGGAAUCGACACAAGAACACGCAGUUGCUGAACGAAGUCAGUUCCAGCUUUAAUUCCCGGUUGCUUAGAUCUCCCAGGUGGCCUUCUAGCAGGGAGACCUGCAGAUGUCUUUGCGGAGCUCUGAGUCAUCUGUUUAAGAGCCACAGCCUCCCCAGAAAUGACUGAGAGGUGGUGAUAAAAAGGGUAAUUCCUUUUGAAUCAGAACUGCUCUAAAUGCUCUGACUCUAAGGCCCGAAAAGGACAGAAGCGCAGCUUCAAAGAACGGAUGCUAAGUUGAAGUUGGCAGAUUUGUGUGUCUGCAGUGGCUCAUGGGAUAGGAAGAUUUAUGCAGUAAAAGUGGCCAUUGAGGGGGAGAGAGAGAAAGAGCUGUAGAGCAGCAGAUGUGAUAUAUAACCAUUGACUCUCACUAAAGAGGCUAGGAGAGCCCGUGUCAGAGAGCAGAGACCAGUCAGGCACUCCAUUGAAGUUUGUGGUUUCUUCAAAAGCCUAUCAAAGAGGGAAUUGGAGCAAGUCAGCAGGAAUCGGUGAGAAGACUUGGAAAUUGAGAAACUUUACUGGGGUUAUAGGGGAAUGGCAAUUGUAAAAAGCUUUUGUUUUUAAUUGAUUAUCGGUUCAUUGAACCUACCUGAGGGCCGCCCUCAGAUUGAUGUGGUAUGUCCUUUUAAAAUUGAGGCCAUGUUAAAUGGUACUGCUUUCAGUGGUCAAGAUGUGAAUUCAUGUACACGUAUGUGCGUUGGCUUGUGUACAGUAUGUAUAUAAAUGUGUACAGCUGGGAGAGCGAGGCCUGUCGGCUGUAUGAAAUGCGCCAGAGAUGGUGCCGCUGCUGUGUACAGAGGACAGGCCCAGAGAUGGACUAAGGAUUCUUAAUUUCUGUGAAAUGUUUCAGGAGGUGGGGGACUGUGUGGUGUCUGUCAUUUCCAGGAACUCUACGGCACAUGGAUCUGAUCUGACAUCCCUCAGCCUGGUUCUCAGUGUUUUGGUUUACAUUUAUGUCUGUAAGCUGUGCAGUACACA